AUGUACCGAGACGUCCAAGAACUGCUCACGCUUUUCGGAAUUCCUUACAUCAUCGCGCCGCAAGAAGCUGAAGCGCAGUGCGCGUAUCUCAACCAGCACAAGCUUGUCGACGCCGUCAUCACGGACGAUAGCGAUGUCUUUCUGUUUGGCGCAUCGCACGUGUACAGAAACUUUUUCUCGGAGAAAAAAUACUGCGAAGUCUACACCGCAGAUCGUAUCAAGAGAGAACUAGGACUCGAUCGAGAUCGUUUCAUUCAACUCGCGCUCUUGCUCGGGAGCGAUUACACCGAAGGCGUCGGCGGCGUCGGCAUCGUGAACGCGCUCGAAAUCGUCAGCGUGUUUAAAGGAAACGUUAUGGAUGCGAGUAAAGCGUUCAGAGAGUGGAUUGAUAUGGAAGAACUCACCAUGGUUCCCGAACGCUUGCUUCCUUCGCCGUCGAAAACGUCCGCGGAGAGCGCGACGGACGACGCGAUCACCGCCGCCUUCAAAGAGAAACAUCGCUCGCUGAAAAAGAGUUGGGAAGUUCCCGCGAAUUACCCAUCCCUAGAAGUCGUCAAAGCGUACCAGUAUCCGUCAGUCGAUCAAAGCGAAGAAACUUUCGAGUGGGGAAAGCCUGACUUGGACAUGCUUCGCUUGUUUUGCAUCAAGACGUUGUCGUGGACGCGAGACGCGGCGGAUCAAAUUUUGCUCCCGAUGAUGAAAUCGUGGUCGAAACGCGACGACCAGCGUCGCAUCGAUAGCUUCUUCGAAACUUCUCACGCUGUGAGCUCGCGAGUGGCGAAAUUCCGCUCGAAACGUCUCGGAGACGCGGUG